CUUACGUCACCUUCUUUUCUCUGUUUCUAAAAUGGAUUCAUCGACAAAGCCCGCUUCUAAUCCCUAAUCCAUAAUCCUAUUUCUGUCCAACUUAUCAAACCCUAGAUUCAAUUUCCCAAAUAGCACUUCUUUCGUAGAUAUUACUGUAACAGAAAACCAUUUUUCCCCCUUAUUGUAUAAACAUUAAUUUUUAUUUUUUAUUGUUAUGUGAAUUCGGACUAUGAAACCAGCUGAAUCAGAAGCCUCAGGCCCAGAUCGCUGAGUAAGGGAGAAAUCUGGGGAAAUAAGGAGCAAAGGGGAAACGUUUGGUUUAGUUUUUGGGUUUUGUGGGUUGUCUGAGGUAUGCAUAGAUCUGGUGUUACGAUGGCUUGGAAUGUGUUUAAGUUCUGUACAGCUCUUCGUGGUCUGGGCUCGAUCAUGAUCCUUUUGGUUCUUGGGGUCGUGGGUGUCACCUAUUACGCUGUCGUUUUGACUAAUUAUGGACCAGCACUCUACGAUGGUGGUCUUGAUUCGCUCAUUGCUUUUAUUGUCUUGAUCUUGUUCCAUUCCUUGUUGGUGAUGCUGUUAUGGAGUUAUUUUUCUGUCGUUUUGACUGAUCCGGGUAGUGUUCCGCCAAACUGGAGGCCUACUGUUGAUGAAGAGAUAGGAGAGGCCGACCCCUUGAAUGGGUCUGAGUUCACUGGUUUGCAGACUGACCCAUCCAAUCAAAGAGUUCGCUACUGUCGAAAGUGCAACCAGCUGAAACCGCCUCGCUGCCAUCAUUGCUCUGUUUGUGGGCGGUGUGUGCUAAAAAUGGACCACCACUGUGUAUGGGUUGUUAACUGCGUAGGGGCAUUAAAUUACAAGUACUUUCUUCUGUUCUUGUUCUACACAUUUCUUGAGACUAGUCUAGUGACGUUAUCGUUGCUUCCACAUUUUAUCGCAUUUUUCAGUGACGGAGAAAUUGCUGGAACACCAGGAACCCUUGCAACUACAUUUCUUGCCUUUGUUUUGAAUCUGGCGUUUGCUUUAAGUGUCAUGGGGUUUCUGAUCAUGCAUAUAUCCUUGGUAUCAGCAAAUACCACAACUAUUGAGGCUUAUGAGAAGAAAACCACUCCAAAAUGGCGAUAUGACCUUGGGCGAAAGAAGAAUUUUGAACAGGUGUUUGGGGCAGAUCAGCGAUACUGGCUCGUCCCAGCAUAUUCCGAAGAAGACUUGCGAAGAAUGCCUGCACUUCAGGGUCUUGAGUAUCCAUCGAAGCCUGACUUCGAUUGUCAGUAGUUCUGUAAAGUGAGAACCAUUUUAUAUGCCAAGACACCAGAAAAUUUUCUUUGUAAAUUAGAUAUGGGACCCCUGCAGAAGGGUCCUUUUAUAAUCAUAACUGAUCCGACUGCUUACCAUACUCGAGAUCACUCAUUCCCACAGCCAUAUUCCUGAAACUUGAUAGUUUGUAGAGAGAGAGAGAAAGAGAGGUAGAAAGAGAAGGAGAGGCAGAGGCAGAGGGGGAAGAAAUGGAGGAGCAAGAAUGAAAGAUGAGAAAGAGUGGUUUAUGGGUCUAAGAAAUGCAGGGGAAGGCAUGCUUGAUGUUUUAUUUAUAAUUUUCUCAAGAAAGAUGGGAAGUGUAAAACAGAAAUGUUAACUCUCCUUUUUUAUUUUAUGUGGCUGAUGCUAGUUACGGUAGAUUUUGUUCAUCGGUAGAAUCAGUGUGAUCUGUUAAUCAAUUGUUGAAUGUCAUAUUAUUUAUUCUCAAAUGUCUUAUUUUA